AUGAAUACUAAACAUAUUUUGCCUUAUACUAUAAUGCAAUCGCUUGGAAUUCGUCUGCGUCCGUUUAUUUUCCAAACCGUCAUACCAAAGUGUCCCAAGACGUACUCAUAUGAUCCAUUUUAUAUUAGUCGCAAGCCAUCUAUUCCACUCUAUCCCAAACUUCAAUUCUGCUUGAGAGGGUAUGAUUUCCCGUCAUUAGAAAAAUAUGAAAUUUACGUAAACAGAGCACUAAAAAGAUGGUCAUCAUCUGUAGACUCAUUCCCCCUACCACCUAAAAAAAUUUCGUACUCUAUAUUUCACCCAAAUUCUACAAAGGUAAAGACGGAAUUUGAAUUGAAUCGCUACUGUCGAGUUGUCACCGCUGACAAUAUUAAAACCGUAGACCUUCCAGUGAUUUUCGAUCUUAUUCAACAGAACCUCCCAGAGGGAAUUGAACUCAAAGUUGAAGAAUUCAAUCCGGAUUUGGAAGAAGAGCGUUAUGUGGCCAAUUUGGAAAUCGAAACUCUUCAAGAUGAACUUACUAAGCUGACGGCUAAGUAA